AUGGAGUCAUCAAUGGCUACUACUCCAUACCGGUACAAACCUCUUCCACAAGAUAGACAAUUGAGCUUUCGUAUAUUCACACUCUACCCUGCUCACAAAAUCUCGGCUCCUAUUCGAGGAAAACUUCACAUCUCUUCGCCCUCAAAUUCCGACCUCGAAUGCUGUAAAUUGGAAAGCUACGAAGCACUGUCUUACGCCUGGGGCGAUGCCAUUUUCACUGAGGUCAUAGAAUUCCCGGACAAGUCCUAUCUUCCGAUCGCUACGAACCUCGACUCAUUCUUGCGCUACCGGCGUCAAGGCGAUGCUGUCAUUCUACUUUGGGUUGACGCGAUAUGCAUUAAUCAACAAGAUCAUGAGGAGAAAAGCUCACAAGUCCAAGCUAUGGGUCAAAUUUACAGCUUGGCAAGCUGUCUCAGCGUCUGGCUCGGAUCCCCUUCCGACGAUAGCACGCUAGGAAUGAGUGCCCUCCAAGAAAUUUCCCACGAGCAUGCAUUCUCCAAGUUAAGCAUGUCCUCGGAGCAAUCCGUAGCUAUCGAACGUUUGUUAAAUCGCGCUUGGUGGUUCAGAGCUUGGAUCAUACAAGAAGUUGCACUUGGUGGCCUCGGACCAAAAUACAAGAAGAUAACUGUUCGGUGUGGAUUCGAUGGCAUAUUGUGGUUCCGAUUGGUGCUGGCAUGUUCGCGAAUAUACGUCAACACACUGGAGAUGCGUCAGAGCUUCCCCGAUGUGGGACGUGUGCUGAGUCUAGAUACAUUGCCCUCCCGCGGGAAAGAUGAGGUAUUGGGAGCAGGCGAGUCGUAUCCUUAUCGCUUAUUAAGACAAAUGUCAGAACAUCGAAAUUGCUUAGCCUCGGAUCCAAGAGACAAGAUCUACGCCAUGCUUGGACUGUGGUUCGAUGCAAUCAGUGUGGGGAAACAGAACGGUAUGUCACGACGUACUGCGCCAACCGUAAAAUACGAUCGUUGUGUGGAGGACGUUUAUGUUGAAUUUGCGACUUGGAUUAUCCACGGAACGUCGUCGCUGGAACUUCUGCACCACUGCCAGCCCCACUUUUUAGACUGUCCAACUAUUGAACUCCUCCCAACGUGGGUUCCAGACUGGUCACAAGCGCUUACACAGGCGCGUCUACCGUCCGCUCAAGUAACAGACCGAGGAUCAAUCCCUUGGUGGAGCCUCCCUGUGCGUAGCGGUGUGGACAACCGACGUAUCCAGUAUCGCAUGCAGGAUCAAAAGUUCCGUAGAGAACGCGCAAAGGAAAUUCUUCGCCCGCUCAAAUCAACUCUUCACUUCAUUCCUGAGUGGAUAGUGGAUGUAAUGGACCCAGAUGGCACAAAGGGCUACGAGUCUCUUUUCCAGGAGCUUAAAGUUAGGACGGAUGUGCUCUUUGUAUUACCAGACGAGAGUGAUAGAGAACUUGGAAAUGAGGAGGAAGAUGUAUGGAAUGCCUCAAGACGAACGCAGAUCCACAAUGAGAGGCACUUGCAGGCACAAGUGCUGUCACAGUACGUUGAGGACUACUCACGGCUCUGGACACGAUAUAGAGCUUGUGCCGACACCACUUGCAAGGUGGCUAUCAUGGGAAGAAGGAUGAACGUGGAAGGUAUACUUGUCGACACUAUUCGAAAUGUCUUUGACCCUUUUCCAGAGGAUAUCGAGAAAGACUGGACGAAUUCAACCCUACUAAUGGUCCAGAUUGGAAAGUGUAAGCAAACAGUCAUGGGUCAAGACAUUGACAAAGCUCCUUAUCUUACCGAAACGACCAGGUUGAUGGCAUUUUGGAGAACUCUUUUCGCUGGCCAGCAGGCUAGUGACGAGACCAAGAUUGCGUCAUGGCUUCCGCUCACGCCACAUAACUGGCAGUGGUCGGUCCCUUCUUUGACUAUUCUAGAGUCAGCCCGUCUGGAAUUUGCAGAGAUACGAGCAAUAAUCCAAGCAUUCGCGGAACACGUUGCGAGUAUAGUUUCUGACGAAGGUACUCUCGCACAUGACGGCUUCGAUGAACACCUUGCAAAUGAUGACAUCAUGCUUGACGCCCGCUGGAGCUCCUCAGAUCGGCUUGAGUAUGCAAAUACCUUUGAAACAUUGGGUAAAGAAUGGUUAAAACAGCCAUAUGAUCUUUAUCAUCGUCCCUUCACCCUCCCUUAUGUGGUACCUGAUCCAUUUUGGGAAAGCCGUUGUCUACAUGACGAAACUGCUUUGGAAGCAAGCAUUCGCUCAAGACAUCGCACAAUAAUCGAAUCGUUGAAUGCUGAGACCCGUGAACUUCGGAGAGAUGCUCGCCGAUUCGUGUCAGACAAGAUUCGGCAACGGCCUGCCAGGGAACCUCCUAGUACUGAUAACCCAAGGCUUAUAAAAGACACCGUUCAUACUGCGACGAUCUGGCUCAACAUUUCAGGUCGUUGGGGAAUCAUAUAUUCAUGGACUAAUGGAUGGUGA